AUGGCCAAGAGACAUGCUGACAUGGAGAGGACAGGAGCUUACGAGAAGUCCCAGGACUCUUUUCCUGACGUCGGAAUCUUUGAAGCUGUGUUUGGCGCUCAGGUUCAUCCGGUUUCCUCGCCUUCCGCUGGGUCGCCAAGACAGCUGGCUGAUCUGAUCCAAAAGAGAGGUCGGGUUUUUCAGAGUCUGUCUGGGUAUGAUGACCUGGCUUCAGAUACCAUAACAGCAGCGGCGCUGGGUCGACCUUUCACCUUGGGGAUGCUUUAUGAUGCUCGGCAGGAUGAACUAAUGCCAGGUUACACAUUGUGGGAUAACACAACUCUACAAGAGAACAUAACUGAAACCUCUCAGCGCAGCAGUGAGUUUCAGAUUACAGCAUCUGACUCCAUUGAUUCCAAGUCUUCUCUGCUGGAUGUUGAAGCUUCUCUGAAGGCCAGUUUCAUGAGUGGACUGAUUGAAGUUGGAGGAUCUGCCAAAUACCUGAAUGAUCAGAAGAAAUCCAAUAAUCAGAGCAGAGUGACGUUUCAGUACAAAGCUACCACCAACUUCAAGCAGUUGUCCAUGAGUCAGGUUAAAAACCUGAAAACACAACAAACAGAUGCUAUAAAGAACGGUCUUGCAACACAUGUUGUCACUGGCAUCCUUUAUGGAGCAAAUGCUUUCUUUGUAUUUGACAGUGAGAAGAUAGACGCUAGCAGUGUUCAGGAGAUCCAGGUCAGCAUGGAGGCUGUGAUAAAGAAGGUUCCAUCAUUCCAUGCUCACAUCAAGCUGACUGAUGAAGAAAAAGCCCUGACAAACAAAUUCUCCUGCAAAUUCUACGGGGAUCUUAUACUUGAAAGCAACCCAGCAACGUUUGCAGGUGCAGUGAAAACCUAUGUGGAGCUUCCAAAGCUACUGGGAGAAACGGGAGAGAACGCUGUUCCACUGAAAGUCUGGCUGACACCGUUGAAGAAUUUAGACCCAACGGCUGCUGAGAUAAAAAGUGAGAUCAGCGUUGGAUUAGUGAGUAAAGCUGCAGAUACUCUAGAAGACCUUAGACAGAUAGAAAUGAGAUGCAACGAUUCUCUGGAAGACAGAGUGUCAGAGAAUUUUCCACAGAUUCGCAAAACGCUGAGCAGUUUCCAAAAACUGUGCAAAUCUUACACUUCUGGGCUCCAAAAUAUCAUGAAGAAUAAACUUCCAUCCAUUCGUGGAGGCAACGAAGAUGAGAGCUCAUUAGAAAACAUCUUUGCAGAGAGAGACAAGUCACCAUUCAGUCAGGAACUAAGCAAGUGGAUGGAUCACAAAGAGAGAGAGAUCAACAUCAUUAGUUCCUGUUUAGACAUGAUGAGAAUAAACCCAAAGAUUGUCCCAAAUCAGUCAAAGUUGGAUAGAGAGGUUCUUGAUCCAGGUGUAGAAGAUGCUCUGUGCUUUGUCUUCACCUCUCUGGAAAGUAAUGACCCCUGCCUUGAUGCGAUGUCCAACCACUUGGAUUCACCUGAAUCAGAAAGUGCCAGUGAAGACCACUGGUACUUCUCAGAUGAGGUGUUGACCGAAAUGAGAAGGAAAAUCAAAACUUUCAAUGAUGUGGCCAAAGCCUUGAAGAACAGUAAGAGAUUCCGUUUCCUUGUAGCAGCCUUACCAAAUGAGAAAUACACAGGAGCAACCAUCUACCAUUACAAGGACGGCAAACUGGUGUCUGAUAAUUUCACACAGCCUGACAUUCCUGAUGUGAGGGCUGUAAAAGACAGAAGAGAUUUAAUCUGGUAUGCCUGUGAUCUCACUCUGGACCCAGACACAGCAAACAACUACCUCAAUCUGUCUGAGAAAAACAAAAAGGUAACCCGUGGAGGACGGCAGGCGUAUCCUGAUAACCCCGACAGGUUUGACACACAACCCCAGGUAUUGUGCAAAGAGGAUCUACACAGGCGCCAUUACUGGGAGGUAGAGUUCAGUAAUGGUCACUUUGACGAUGUUGGAGUGGCUGUUACAUACAAGAGAAUAGGCAGGAAAAGAGGUAGUACAGUGAGCAGGCUUGGACAUAACGCCUUGUCCUGGUACUUUGGCUUCCAUCAAGGGUUCCAGGCAUGGCAUGAUGGUAAACAGCGCUUCGGCCCUCUUCCUGCAGUUGACCACAACCGAAUUGGAGUUUAUCUGGACUGGCCUGCUGGCACUUUGUCCUUCUACAGCGUCUCCUUUAACACACUGAAACACCUGCACACCUUCAACACCACAUUCACUGAGCAUGUUUAUCCAGCAGCAGCAGUUUGGGUGAACUCAAACUAUGUGAGCCUGUGUCGGUUUUAA